GCCAAACCGUGUUUCUCAACCAAACCAGUACAGAGUGCACGAUGUACAACGGUAUCGGACUAACGACUCCUCGCGGAAGUGGUACAAACGGUUACGUCGUUCGCAACCUCUCUGCUCUUCGCUCUCGCGACACUGCCCAGGACCGUGCCAGCGCAUGGGAUGUUGCACCUCCAAAACAUAGGGAACCGGACCAAGGGAUCUUGGAGCAUGAAGCGAAAAGAAAGGUAGAGGUCAAGUGUCUGGAGUUGCAACUCGAACUGGAAGACAAGGAGUUCGAAGAGGACGAGAUUGAACGACAAGUCGCUGCUCUGCGCGAAAAACUUUCAUCAAUGCUUCCACCUCCCACAAACGCGAAGUCGCUCAAGCCAUCAGACACUCACGGCCUCGCGGCCGCCAAAAAGGCCGAGUUGAACAAAAUGGCUAUGGCUCUUGGGACACGUUCCGAUUAUGUGGAAGGAGACUCUUUUAACCAGGAGAAACAGGAGCAGGAUCGCAUGAAGAGGAUGGCGGAACGCGAAGAGAGAGACCGAAAGCGAGACGAAGAUAGGAAGAGAUACGCUGAGCAGAGGGAGAAGUGGGAACUGGAGAGAAAGGAGAAGGACAGGUUGCGAAGGCGCGAGGAAGAUCGGAGGCGGAAAGAGAUGGAAAGCGUCGGAGGCAAGACCCGUGACGAUGAUGCUGGCCGUCGCAGAAUGCCUCCACCACCACCGCCUUCCUACGGGCGAAACAGACCAAGGGACUCUGGCUACAGUCGUCGCAGCCGAAGCCCACCUCCCCGCCGUGGCCGUGACCUUGAUGACUCUCCUCCUCCUCGUAGGCGCUCUCCUCCACUCGAGUACGAUGACGAGCCACCUCGUCGUCGCCUUCCCAGCCGAUCACCCUCACCGCCAGCCCGUCGUCGCCGCAUUGAUUCUCGCUCUCCCCCUCCUCGAGACCGACGUCGUGACUCACGCUCACGCUCGCCUCCUGGCCGUCCGUUGUCGCCUUCGCCGCCGCCUCGCCGUGGCCGUGAUAUUUCUCGAUCUCGAUCUCCCCUUUCGCGCUCUUCCAGGUCCCCCGUCGCCCGCCGCGGGCGGUCCUUGUCCGAUUCGCCUCCAAGGAGGGCCCGCUCCCCAGCACCGCCGCACAAGACAUCUCGCGAUAUCAAAGACGGCCUUGAUGGAAGUAAGAGAGGAAGAAGUGCAUCGAGAGGCCGCGAUUCCCGUUCUCCCUCUCAAUCACCGCCCAGAAGGAGAGCGAGGUCGGAUUCAGCGUCUUCCAUGAGUGUCAGCUCCAGGAGCGAUUCCCGUAGCCGGAGCCGCGAUUAGGACAUGGCAUGUUUCUCUGAUCGUGAUAUCAAUAACUGCUCCCAAAUUCUCCGUCUGAGUUCGUUUCCGGCUAUGAUGAUGUAGGAAUAUUUUGCCGGUCGUUUGGACCGAGA